AUGGUAACUUUCGAAUUUAUUAAACAGAAUUUGGAGAAGGCGGAAAGAGAGUAUGAAGGUGCAAAGGAGGUGUUAAAUAAGUUCACGGAAGGGUGGGAGGGGCAGAGGUUGAAGGAGUUGUUGUUGGGAGAUAUAGACAGGCAUAGAGAAGAGUUUAAUUACUUAACAAAAAAAGAAGAAGGGUUGAAAGGAAAAAUGGAUAGUUGGGAAUAUGAGCUGAAAGAGUGGAAUAAGAAGUCGCGUGAAUUUAAUGAAGAGAAAG